AUGGAAAAUACUCAAUAUUAUAAUAGACUUUUUGAUCUAAAUUUAUUAGCAGAAAAUGUGUUUUGCCAAAAUAAAAAAUUGUUGCUUAUCGACAAUAAUUUAAAUGGUAUUAGAGAAACGAAAAGAGGAUAUAGAAGAAAUGAAAUUUUUAAAAAUAAAGGACAUCUUAGUGUAUAUAAUAAUAUAUUUUUAUUAUUAAGCAAAAGUCAAAUAAAUGAUCAUUUAGAAAAUGUAGAAAAAAUUCUUUUAGAAAGAAGAGAUAAAAUAAGAGAUAAAAGAAAAUCACUAAUUAAAGAACUUAUAGAAUUAAAUCCAAGCGUAACUGAGAUGCCACUUGAAGAGGCUAAAUUUUUACUCAAAUAA